GUCGGUCGUCUGUUGCAAUCAAGGAUCCAGUACUUGGCAUGGGUAUUUUUUUGUUUGUUUCAAAGCGACAUUUUCUUUCAUCUGCGCUAGUCCAGCUUAAAGCCAGAUUGAUAACAAAUGAAUUUCCAUAGUAUUUUUUUAUUCGAUAGGGGAAAAUCGAAUUUUAGGGAGACAUGUGUCAUUUUUAGUCUAAUACUUCAAAGCAGUUCAAAAGAUAUGAAUAAAACCACAUUUUGCAAUAUGAAGAAGUGCCUUAUGAUACGUUGUGAUUAAAAGUCAGAGUAAGCAGCAGUGAUCCAACUGUAAUAUAAAGCAGAAGUUAUUCAAAUAAUGAAAAUAUGAAAAUGACAAUCAGUAAUUAUGUUAAUUAUAGAAAGAUGUCAGUGCAAUUAACUAAUUGAAUACUAAUUAUAGCAUGUCUCUGUCAAUAUUAUAAGUAUGUUUUUAUAAAAAUUGACUUCGAAAUUGGUUUUUCCUAUGACAUGUUGUAAUUGCAUGAGCUAAUCUGCAGCAAGGGGUAGUACCGUACUGUUUUUGCUUGACCACAAAGUUCAAUAUUACGUGAUAAUCAGAAAGCGACGUAGGAACUUAUUGAUUUUCCUUGAUAUGAAUUGCCUUUUGCGAUUAUUUUGAUAGAGCGACUAUUUUACGCAUGCAAGACAUUUUAAAGUAUGAAGUUACUUUAAAGCAGAAAAAUUGAUUGUUAAGUUAGAAUAACGGAAAGUUCCCCCUUCUGUACCCCUGUAGACAUGGAUGUCAGGUUGCAAGUCAGGCAUACAUCAUACUGAGCAUGUGCAAUGACCUUUCACUUUGUAGCUGAUUAGAGUUCAUACAUUUGGGUUUUCUGAGCAUGUGCAGUUGCAAAUACUUGGGGACUUCUUGAAAAGCUUCAGGCCUAGGCUUGGGCAUUAUACAAUGGUGACCAGAUACAGCGCCCCCUGACCAUGGAUCCCAAUCAUUUUGGCAACAAUCCAAACAUGUGGGUGCAGGGCGGAGGCUACUUUCCACCAAUGUCACCUCCGUUUAAUGGGUCAUCGCCUCCUUUUAACGGAGUAUCGCCACCUUUUAAUGGAGUAUCGCCUCCUUUUAAUGGGCCAUCUCCAGCUUUUGCCACCCACCUCUCGCCAGGGAGAUCAUUAGGGGACUAUCCACCAGCGUCCUCCCAUCCACCACACCCAGGCUUGAUGCCCCCUGGGUUUAACCAUUAUACCAUGAGACAGCCUGAUGCCUCACAGGGCUUUGGUGCUUUUGAAGAGCCUAUGGGAUUUCUUCAACGUCCUGGAGAGGGGUACUUUCACACACUCCCCCCUCCACCCCCAUUAACAAGUAUGGCGGGGUUUCUGCAAAAGGACUGUGUGCUUACUUCUACACCUGUGGCUCCUAAGAUGACAGUGACCCAGACUGGACACCAAAAAUUACACAGUGGCACUGAGUCCGUCUCUGCAUUUCUGCCAUUCAAUUUACCAACUUCACAUGAUAAUCAAGUAGGAGUUAGAGGCAAACAGGGUGAAAAUGUUGUGGAACAACCUGUAGCAAGUGGUGCUGCUACUGACGAGGAAGGUGACAGAACAGACAUUUUAGAAUUUAAUCUUCCAAGGGACAUUCCCCACAGUGCUCAUGAUCAAGUUACGGGGAAAACAAACGAAAAUCAGACUGAAACUGAUGCUCACAGAACAAACAGUGACAGUUUUAAUAGUGGUAGGGAAAACAAAAUGGAAGCUGUAACGUUAUGUGAAGGAGAGGAGAAGGAGAUCGUAAGGGACCAAUCAAAGAAAGUAAGCUGUGAAAAUUCAAAGGUGAUUCCUUCGUUAGACUCUGCUUGUGAGAAAAAUACCCUGCGGCAAGAAGAAUUAGACAAUAACUUCCAGGGAACAAAUCAAGAUGAUGUAAUGGCCACUGCUGAGUGCAAUAACGUUAAUUCUGAUGUGGCCAUGGUUGAGGGCAAAAUUGAUAAAGGAAAUAAUGGUGAUGAAGAUGAAGUCUGCCUAUUGUCUCCUCACUCAGAUAAAAAUGAAGAGGAAAAGGACCUUUCAAAAAGUGACGAGAACAACAGUAUGGAAGGAAGUUUAGGGGAAGAAGAGGAAAUUUCACUGCAACCCAAAAGCGGGAUGGAGGGAGACGAUGACAUCAUUGGUGCUGAUGUUGGUGAUGACAGUUUUAGCGAGGCUCAAACAGGAGAGAUAGAGCAGGGGACUGAAAACAGUGGUGCUGGGUGUAACAGUGACAUUGACAGCAAGAGCAUGGAGGAUGACACUACAGAUACAGUGAAUCAGAGCAUGGGUGAUAAAGACAUUGAAAGAAAUGCUUUACCAGAUGCCUCUGAAAACAAAAAUGAAGACAGAGAGUGCAGUAACAAAGACACUGAAAAUGAAGGUGACAAGGACGAUGAUGAUAUGGAAAAAAAUGACCAAAGAGUUGAUGAAAGUGAAAUGGACACAGAAACCAAUCUUGAAAAUGGAGAAGAAUCUCCUACCCUAGAUAAAUCUAGUGGCGUGACUGUAAAAUCAGAACCAGUGGAUGAGUUUUUUGAUGGAAAUCAAACAGAUGGUUUGAUGUACAAGAUCAAGAUUGAGCCAGACUAUGUGGCAGACAAUGAUGAAGAGGAUCCUGGCAUAGAAAUGGAGUCAGGUCCUGCAAAGAAAGAACGGAGAUCAAACAAAUCUAUGAAAGUUGGACCCAAAAGUGCCAAACUAAGAAUGCCAUUUGAACAAGGGUGGAAAAGGGAGUUAGUGAUUCGCAACCAACUUGAAGGCUUAACCGUAUCUGGGAACAAACGGAAAAGCAACCAAGCUGAUGUUUAUUACUACAACCCAGAGGGUAGAAAACUGAGGUCACUUGUGAAGGUUCAGGAAUACUUGGACAUGCAAGGUAAUACAGAUCUCAAUCUGGACUGUUUCUCCUUCAUACGGAAGCCCAUCUACAAGGAACCCUAUGAAAUGGUGCGCACGGCCAACAGGCACGCUGGGCGUAAAAGUUUAACCGCCAGCCCGUCCUUUGGUAGUCCUACUAAAGAAAUGCUUGACAUGUUGAACAAUGCGACAUCCACAUCUUGGUCAGACACAAGAACCACAAAACACCCCAGGCAGAAAAAGAAAAGGGGGAGGCCGGCUGCUCCUAAAAAACUGGCGGAUAUUAAAAUACCAGAACAGGACUCAAAACCAGAGAAAAUAGAAAAUGUUGAAUUAACAACAGAAAAAGAAAAGAGUGCAGGACCUGCUCCCAAAAAGAUCAAACUAGUGUUUCCUGUUGAUGAGGCUGAGAAAAGUUCACCUGUUGGUGUAAGCGAUUCCGGGACUAAGAAAGGAGCUUCGGUUGUGAAGUCUUUUGUUGUGGGAGACAAACACCGGAAUCAUCUAGUCCUAAAGAGUCCUGACCAGAGUCUGUGUUCUUUGAAUUGUCCCGGGUUAGACGGCGCGCCUCCAUCUUUACAGUGUGGGGUCUGCAUGUGUCUGUUCCAUCCGCAGUGUGUCAAUUUCAUCGGGAGCACAAGAGAGGCUCUCUUCAUAUGCUUGAGGUGUAAGGAUUCAGUGAAGAAGGCAGAUGUUUCACUGCUCAAAGACACCAGCCCUACCCAAGCAGAUGCCCUGGUGAUGAAGCCUAGCAACUGGACCAUGAAGCCUAGCAUAUGGACCAAACAAAAACUCGAAGAGUUUGUCAAAUCUAAGGAUCAAAAACAAACAAAGUCAGAGGACGACUUGGAGUUGAAAAUUACUGGUGUUAUGUCUAUAGUGCAAAAUACUCCCUUGGAAUCUAGUCAGGCCAGUGGCAGCACCACUCCAGUAAGUUCCAGUGGGGCCAUCAGGUCUAUACUGAAUCAGGUGCCAGAGGUGACCCCAAUCAGUUUGAAGACUGCUCCACCUCCACCUCCUCUUGUCAAAGCUCCAACAGCACGUCUGACGCGUGAGGACAGCUCACCUAUGGGCCCGCCCAGCAUUUUGCAAGCUGCCCCCGGGGCUCCACGACCUAAUAUGAUAUUCACGCGCUUGCCAGUUGCGCCACUUCCUGUCAUUAGUGUCUCGGGGCCUGCGCCACCAGUGUCCAUGGUGCCUCAACCAGUGCCGCCUAUGGCAUUCACACGAUUUGCAGUUCCCUCUUCUCCGUGUUCUAGUCCAGGCGAAAGCCCUUCACAUUCCCCAAAGAUCCAAGUGAUCAACCAGCAAGAUGGAUCUCAAAAAUGUCAGCUUUUGACACUUCCUAUGGGAGUUGUGAAAAAAAUUAACCUAAGCCAGCCUUUGGCCAUUAAACUGAACAAUCAAACAUACAUGAUUCCUCCAACGUGUUUUGUACCAACCAGCAAAGGGAUUAAGAUUAUGCUCCCAUCAAAUACAUUACCAGUUACGGCAUCGACAAAAGUUGCUACUGUGGCCACAACUAGUUCAACUUCAACUGUUACGAACGCUGGAUCGUCUAGUGACAUACAGGCUGCUGUCAGUCGCGCAGUUAGUUUACAGCAAAAACCCUUUGAUGAAUCAAAAGGGGAGAAUGGUGAUAAUGCAGAAAAUUCAGACAAAAAUAUUUCUAUGGACAAUACAAAACAGCCUCGGCGGUCUGUCAGAAUAAAAACAUUAGAUCAGUCGAAAAUGUGUCACUUUAGGGCAUUUCACAUGGGCUUUGACAGCCUUAUGCAUGUGUUCCAAUAUCUUACGACAGCAGAACUUCUUAGGGCUAGCAGAGUGUGCAGAACUUGGAGGAACAUUAUCAGUCAGAUCUCCUUUUGGACACAUGUGAGGUUAAAAGACAGUUGUAUCUCUGAUUGGGAAGCUGCUGCCAGACACUUCAAGAAGUUCAACACGCACACACUGGACAUGCGUGGUUUGUUGCACAGAGAGGACAGGAACAGGACCUGGCACCAGAUGACGGCGGUCUUGGGUGAGCUCACCAGUCUCAGGCGGAUAGACUUUGGACGAGCUCCUGCCAUUAUUCUACAGCACGUGGCAGAGAGGAUGCCCAACUUGGAGGUCUUAACAGCAGAGUGGAUCACUGAUACCACUACAGAGCCACAGAUGUGGUCAACAAAUACAAAGAUAGACCUGGGGAAGUUCAUUCAGCUCGCCAACCUUCAGGAACUGAGACUGAGGGGUUUGUGUGGACUGGUAUUACCAGCCUUUGCAUUCAGUGGGGGACUGGCAGAUUUUGGAAAACUGAAAAACUUAAGGAUUUUGUCACUUACUACAAUGAAGAAUGUUCCAGAUGUGGAAUUUGCUUUCAUAGGACAACUGGAAAAUUUGGAAGUCUUAGAAAUUGGAGAUUGUACAACAUGGAGUGCAGAAACGUACCUACUUCUAUCUCACCUAAAGCAAUUGCACACACUUAGACUGGAAAAUGGAAGUGAGAAUGCAGACAGUGCACUAGCCGUCUCACUCAAGGAAUUGACUAAGUUAGAGCAACUGGAGCUGAUAAUGUUUGUGAUAGGAAGUCACCUGGCUGCUACACUGCCGCAGCUAACACACAUCAAAACCCUGUCUGUAUGGCCAAACCUCACUACACCUCAGGCAGCUGUAGUAAACACCAAUACUCUCGAUGCAGUAAGCAAGCUGAUUAACCUCAAAACCUUGGACUGGGGAAUUAUGCCUGACAAAAAUAGCUCCGUGAUACUCAGUGACCAGCAGGGAGAGAAUGACCAAUCCAGUACAGCUGAAAACAAAGACGCUAGCAGCAGUGACAAUGGGGAGGGAAGCAACAGGACGCCAAAAAAAUCAAUUGAAUGUAUUCCUUUCCUACCAGCCAGCACAAACCAUGACAGUGCCGAGUCUGAUGUCUCCAUGUUGCCUGAGUAUGUCAGUAUUGAUCAGUUGAUGGACAGGCUUUGUGCAUUCCUGCCUAAGGCACAAAUACGAGUCUUUAGGGUGCCUGUGUACUCACCACCCAGGAUAUACAGGGGUGUAUAGGGUGCCUGUGUACUCACCACCCAGGAUAUACAGGGGUGUAUAGGGUGCCUGUGUACUCACCACCCAGGAUAUACAGGGGUGUAUAGGGUGCCUGUGUACUCACCACCCAGGAUAUACAGGGGUGUAUAGGGUGCCUGUGUACUCACCACCCAGGAUAUACAGGGGUGUAUAGGGUGCCUGUGUACUCACCACCCAGGAUAUACAGGGGUGUAUAGGGUGCCUGUGUACUCACCACCCAGGAUAUACAGGGGUGUAUAGGGUGCCUGUGUACUCACCACCCAGGAUAUACAGGGGUGUAUAGGGUGCCUGUGUACUCACCACCCAGGAUAUACAGGGGUGUAUAGGGUGCCUGUGUACUCACCACCCAGGAUAUACAGGGGUGUAUAGGGUGCCUGUGUACUCACCACCCAGGAUAUACAGGGGUGUAUAGGGUGCCUGUGUACUCACCACCCAGGAUAUACAGGGGUGUAUAGGGUGCCUGUGUACUCACCACCCAGGAUAUACAGGGGUGUAUAGGGUGCCUGUGUACUCACCACCCAGGAUAUACAGGGGUGUAUAGGGUGCCUGUGUACUCACCACCCAGGAUAUACAGGGGUGUAUAGGGUGCCUGUGUACUCACCACCCAGGAUAUACAGGGGUGUAUAGGGUGCCUGUGUACUCACCACCCAGGAUAUACAGGGGUGUAUAGGGUGCCUGUGUACUCACCACCCAGGAUAUACAGGGGUGUAUAGGGUGCCUGUGUACUCACCACCCAGGAUAUACAGGGGUGUAUAGGGUGCCUGUGUACUCACCACCCAGGAUAUACAGGGGUGUAUAGGGUGCCUGUGUACUCCCCACCUAGGAUAUACAAGAGUAUUUAGAGUGCCUGUGUACUCUGCCAUAUAGGAUAUAGAAGGAAUUUAAGGGUGCCUGUGUACUGUCCACCUAGGUUGUACAGCAGAUUUAGAGCAUGGUCUGGAAAGCGUUCAAGAAAUAAAAGUCGAAUAUAAUUUCAUUUCUGUGAAGUUAUCAGAGUAAUAAUAGAUGUGCUAAGGUGCUCAAAAGAUGACACUGCAAUCUCUAGUCUGGUGCUUUCAAAAGUCAUCAAGAUUUGCCAACAUUCAAGUAUAAUGGAGCAUGAUAGCACCACAUUAAGUUUUAAUGGUUGUUGCUGAUGCUCUAGAUUUUGUUUCAGCUGCUUAGAUGCCGUUCUGUUAAAUCAUUACUAAGUUUGCAUGGUGAGCUCUGGAGUGGAAAGAAAUCUAAAGACUGGAGAGUAAAGUUGAUGUACAUAGACAGUGAUUCACAGUUUUACUUUUUCAUUGAUAAAUAAAAAAGGCUAGUCAUGCUGUGUUGUAACCAGACAAGUUAUAACAGCAAAUUGAAAGGAAUGAUUUUUUUGUACUUUGAUUAUACUGAAAGGUGCAGUGUAUUGUUUUGAGUGUUCGUGACAGUGACAAUAAAAAUCUUCAUCACGGAAGGCUUACUGCUAUAUCAACCCCCCUGUUUAUGCAAUCUAAGAAUGUACAAAAUAAUAAAAAACACACAAAACAGCAACUAAAUUUCUGCAAUGCCAGACUUCCCCCUUUCUUUGUCUUUUGCCUGGUCUAUUACAGUUUUAUUAUUUGAUUAGGCACAGGAUAUACUGCCUAUGCAAGAGUUAUGUGCAAAAGUAUAGAUCAAUUUUAAAGGCCAGUAUAUACAAUGUUCCAUGGCUUGUAAAAUGAUGAUUUUGAUGUUUAUGGGCUUGUAAAAGCUUUUAAAAUUAUUUUAAUUUUGUAAGAAUUUCAGUAUGCAUGAAAAAUUCUUCAUGAACUGCCAAUAUGUAGUUUUACACACCUAUUUCAAAUUAUCAAGAUAAUUAUUUAAGUUCAUGAAGUAUUUGUGAAAGCUCAAAUUGUUAAAUAAAUAGUUAUAAGAA